UAAGCAUGACAAACGUGAAAAGAAACUCCAACAUCGACAACCGCUUAGUACAGCCGAAAAAGUUACUGAUGAUCCCAGGAUGAUCCAUUGAACGCUGCAUUCGUGGUCGAAUGGUCGAAACGGGUCACCUGAUCAUAACUUUCACGGGCCACCCACGACCACCGUAUUACACCGUACUCUGCCCAUAACCUUCAAAUAUUUCGUGUCAAGAAGUGUGAAUGAGGGUGUGAGAACAACAUGCCCAAAAAGAAAACAGGACAGCGCAAAAAGGCUGAAAAGCAGAAAUUACGUCAAAAGGAAAUUCGAACUGCAAGGGAAAAUGUUGCAUUGGCUCAACAUCCAUCGAACGCUCCCAUGCGUCUUCCUCAAUGUGCCCAUUGUGGAAAAGUUAAAUGCAUGUUAAAAACGGGUGAUUGUGUAGUUCGUCACCCCAGUGUAUACACAACAGGUCUUGGAAUGGUGGGUGCAAUAUGUGACUUCUGUGAGGCAUGGGUGUGUCAUGGAAGAAAAUGCCUCACUACACAUGCCUGCUCAUGUCCUCUUCAAGAUGCUAUUUGUAUUGAAUGUGAAAGAUGUGUUUGGGAUCAUGGAGGGAGAAUGUUCCAAUGUUCCUUUUGUUCAAACUUUCUGUGUGAAGAUGAUCAAUUUGAACACCAGGCUUCCUGUCAAGUUUUGGAAUCUGAAAAUUAUAAAUGUCAGUCUUGCAAUAAAUUAGGUCAGUAUUCUUGUUUGAGAUGCAAAACAUGUUAUUGUGAAGAUCAUGUCCGUCGGAAAGGUUUCAAAUAUGAUAAAAACAAACCUAUACCAUGUCCAAAGUGUGGAUUUGAUACAUCACAGACAAAGGAUCUGAGUAUGUCCACUCGCAGCCAUAAAUAUGGGAGGCAAAAUCAAGGAAAUUAUUAUGAUGAUGAUGAGGACAAUGAUUAUUCUCCAAAUGGUUAUGGGGCAAGAUCUGCACAUCAUGAAGGUACAGAUGAUGAAGACGACGAUGAUGAUGAUGACGAAGAUGAUGAUGAUGAUGAAGAAGGUAGUGAAGAGGAUAGCGAUGAAUCAGAGAGUGAAAAUGAAGCAGAGGAUGAAGCAAAGACUAAAAGCAAUGCGGAAAAAUAAUGAAAAUAUAUCCACUACAUAGGUGUCAAACUCAUAAUGAAGGCAUAUCACAUUGAUUUUGUAUGGAUAUUUAGCAUAAUAUGUUUAAGGACUGCAAUAAAUUGAUGAUAAUUUCACAAAAAUACAUGUACAUAUGUUACAAUUUGAAAAAAUUGAAACUAUCAGUGAUAGUGUAAAUAUAGGUCUGCGUUGAAAUUGUAUUUAUACUGUCUUUUCUGGAACUAUGGAUGUGGAUAAGUGUUGAAUGAAAUUAAUUAAUAACUAUUUGAGUAAACAAAACAAGCAAUCUGGACAAAGGGAAAUUUGAGGUGGCAGAUGUUUCCAAAUGGACAUGUUGAACAAGUUCACUUCCAACAGCUGUGAUUUUAAUUAGAAAGAGCUUGUGGGUCUCGGAAAGGAAUGAAAGUGAUUCAUUGUGUGAUGUCUAUAUUUGGAAUGUAUUGUUGGAUUAUUGUAUAGUCAUAUUCCUUUAUUAUGAUGUGAGGGUACGUUGGUGAAGUUAAUUGUGGAUGAAAUAAAGAAUCUUAAAUAAUAUAAAAAAUAUAUUAAUAAUAUAUUAUGUUUUAUGUUCAUUUCUAAUAGCAGCAGUACCAAAACAAUAUAUUUAUUGUUGUACUUUCCCGAAUAUGUGAAAUAUUUCUGUUCCUGCAGCACCUGACACUGGGAAUUUAUCUAUUUCAAGUUUCUUCUAGAAAAAUAUACUAAUGUAUUCAUAUUGCUGUUAUUGAUGUUGAAAGCUGCAAUUUGUUUAUGUUAGUGGAACAAUGUGACUACAAUAUCUUAGAUGAUGACAUGGAAAUAAUCUUAUAAAUCCUUGCUAGGAGUAUCAAGUAAAGAUUAUGAAAAGUGUAAAGCACAUUGACUCAUUGUAAAUUAGUAAGAUAAGUGCAAGUUUCAUCGAAAGAGUUCCAUGUUCAGAUGAAAUAAUUAUACCCAUUCUCAUGACUCCAUAAAGUGCCAUAAUACACCUUCACUUUAAACAUGUUUGCGUAGUUAACAAAGAAUUUGUUGUGUAAAGCUGUACCUGGUUCCUUAUUAACAUCGUAUUAAUAUAUCAUAUUAACAUAUCAUUGGAGGAGGCUUGUUCUAUUUUAGUCUCCAAAGACAGAAAGAAAGGACAAGGUGAUAUGAAU